AAUGAGUUGGGCCUUAGGGCGAUCCUACAUAUCUGGAGAGUGUGUGAUGGCCUCACUAGUCCUAAUGAGAUCCGACAUUGCACAGUGCAACAAUAUUUUCCAUGUGUAAAAAGGUGCUACAUGUGGUGGAAUCUUGUUUUCUUUUCUUGAAAUAAUUUAUUUCCGUGUAGACAUGGUUGCAACAACUUGUUGACCGCAUUUGAAUUGAGAAGGUAAUGAGUGGGCCGCUUGAAUGGGCCUUGUUCAUGGUUGUAUACAAGUAGAGUACACAAGUUUGGUUCCGGAUAUCUUUUCACUUGGAAAAAGAAAAAGAAAAAAAGGUAAUGUUGAUUAUUAUUUUAAAAAAAUGAUCCUUAACCGUGGGCUUACAAGUAAAGAAAAAAGAAAGAGGCAGGGGAAAAACAGGGGGCUAGGGUGGCGAGCGGUAAAUGAGAAAGAGAGAAUAUGGGAUACGGUACGCACGUUGAUGACGGCUAAUGCUUACUCACACUCUAUCUGUCUGCCUAUCUGUCCCCUUUCCUUUCUUUUCUAAUAUAAUUAUUAACACUUAAGUUACCCUUUUCACCCCUCAUUUUGCCUGCUUUAAAAAUACAAACCAUCUUAGUACUUAGUCUUUGAAAUGAAAAAGUGAGUAUAGAAGAAUAGAAUUGAGAAUUGAGAAUUGAGUAAGAUUAAGAUCCAUCGAUCAUGACGAUUAUGGGCGGCAGCAACAAGGUUGGAGAGUUUGGGGACACAACGCUGACCAAAGUGUUCGUGGGAGGUUUGGCCUGGGAGACUCCCAAAGACACACUUAGAGAACACUUCCAGAAGUACGGCCACAUACUUGAAGCUGUCAUCAUCUCCGAUAAGCUUACGGGGAGAUCCAAAGGCUACGGCUUUGUAACAUUCAAGGAAGCAGAGGCGGCUAAGAAGGCUUGCGAAGAACCAACGGUGAUGAUCAAUGGUCGACGAGCAAACUGCAAUCUGGCAUCACUCGGUGCUCGCCGACCAAUUAUUAGGACGUCUUCUCCUCAAGAAUAUUCAGUAACAAAGAACCGCAGCAACAGCAGCAGCAACCACCAGCAGCAGCCUCAGUGGUAUUAUCCCACACCCACACCUCCUUCCACAUUCCAUCAUCACUUUCCUUUCUACGGGUACACGCCCCCCACAUACAUUGCAACAGAUAUGAAUUACAAUUACAAUUACAAUUACAAUCAGGUGAGGUAUGUGUAUCCAAGGCAGAUGCCGGUGAUAUACCACCACCACCAGUACCCUAUCUACCACACAACCACGGAGGCUAUGGGUGUCCCUGCACCUCAAUUCUUCCCCGCUCCAUCCAUCAUUCCUACUACAGGUCCAGUUGGCACAGGUGAAUGCUUCAAAAGGGUGGUGUGAUUAGUUGGCAUGGCACAACGAGUAAAUAACAGAAGGGAAGUCGAAGAUGGUGAAUAUAUUAUUAUGCAAGCACCAACAUUAUUAUUAUCAUCGAUCUGUUGUGCCUCUACUUUCCUAUUCUUUAUUUUUUUACAUGUAUUUUCUUUCAUUUUUAAUUUUAAUUCAUGACAUUCUUUCAUUUUCUUUCUCUCUCCAACAUCUCAGCAUCAUCUAUGUGAUUAAUUGAACGUUGCGAUGUUUAAUUCAUUAAGAAUUCAGACAAAAUUAAAUGACACUUGUUUAUUUA